AAAAAAACUCAGCAGCGACAAAAAACACCAUUGACUAAGAUUAUGGACUUGACCACUGUGACCAGGACUUACGAGAACACUUGUCCUCCAUCCUCAAGCCUAGGUACCCUACACCUCAAGGGUGGUCAUGCACAGGUACGAGAGGGCCAACUCACCAUCAGACCGGUCAUAGUGUCUGGGGACUCGUCAUUUGGCGCAGAGGUCUCCGGUGUUGACUGGAGCCGUCCCGUUCCAGAAGACAUAGUUCAGCAGCUUAUCAAACUACAAGACACAUAUGCUGUCUUGAUAUUCCGGAAGACAGGCCUUGACAACGAGCGGCACAUUGCCUUCUCUCGACAGCUUGGAAAGAAGCUAGAGAUCAACCCCUUUUUCUAUGGGCGGGAGAACGAUAGGGUAGGGGAGCCGCUACUGUGGGACGUAGGCAAUAUCAACAUCGACGGAACCCUAGUCCAGCCCUCGCAGCGGAGAUGGCAACACAGCCUCGGUAACGCUCUCUGGCACACUGACUCGUCCUACCACCACCAACGCUCCAAAUACUCCCUCCUGCUCUCCCACCCCACAACCCACGUCCCCGACCGCCCUGCCUCCAAAACUUACACCCACUUCUCCGACACCCGACACGCCUACUCCUCUUUGCCGCUCUCCACCAAACUGCUUCUCGAACCCUUGAUAGUCGAACACGACCUAUGGCACUCCCGGCGUCUCGCCUCGCCCGUGACGUACUCCGUCCCUUUGCCGCACGAACUGGCCGCCAAGCCGCCCGCGUACCAUCGCUUGGUCCAGACCGCGCCUGAUGGGCGGAAGACGCUCUAUCUGGCUGCGCAUGCGAAGCGCAUUGUGGGGUGGGGGAUGAAGGAGAGUCAGAAGUUGAUUUGGGAGUUGAUUGAGUGGUGUGCGAGGGAGGAGUUUGUGUUUAGUUUGGAGUGGGGGGAGGAGGGUGGGGAUAUGGUUUGGUGGGAUAAUCGGCAGUCGAUGCACCGCGCUAAUCCAUAUACUACCGAGAUGACGGCUAGGGAUGUGAGACGGGCGACGGUGGUUGAUGACGGACCUUUGGCGUUUGGGGUUUCUGAGCAGGAGAAGAGAGAGGCUGGAUGGAAGCCAGAGCAAGCUGUGACGGUUGAUGUAUAA